UACGUGGGCGUGGUAGCUGCUGAAUGGGCGGGGCCCUCCGUGGUCCUGUCUGUGCUCCUAGCUACCGUCUCUGCCCUUGUGACAGGGGCGGUGUGCGCGGAGCUGGGCUUGCGUAUGCCGCGUGGGGGCGGCAUAUUUACGCAAGUAUACGCCACUCUGGGAGAGCUGCCGGCCACCCUGGUGGCGUCAACACUGAUGCUUGACCUCAUCCUCAUACCCGCUAUAGCGGCUCGGGGUAGCAGUGAGUACGUGGGUCUGGUGACGGAGAGGUGGAUGAGUGAGGCACUGCACGUAAGACUGCCUCUCUCGCAGGAGUGCCGCUACCUGGCACCCCAACCUGACUUGGUGGCCGCGGCACUGCUCAUACUCUCUACACUCAUGGUCCUCGCUGGCACUAAGCUGGUGUGUCAGGUGGGUGCUGCGGGCGUGGGCGUGUCAGUGCUGGUGCUGACAGCAGUUGCCUUCACCGCCCUCCUCAGUGCUGACGCCCACCACUGGACCCACCCACCGGGUUUCUUCCCUCACGGCCUCCACGGGGUUGUGGGCGGCGCCGCCGUGCUCAGUGUUAGUGUGGGCGGUGCACACCAUGCCGGGCUGCUCUCCGGCGAGUGUGGGCGGUACGCCAGCGUUGUCACCUGCGUGGGUGUGGGCGUAGGCGCAGCUGCGCUACUGUUGCUGUUUCCCCUGGCCGUAGCAGCUACCUUGUCCUCCUCCAGUAUGUCCUCCACUGCGCCCCUGACGCAGCUCUUCCCGGGGGCGUCACUGCUGGGUAUGCGUGCCCUAGUGGUGGUGGGCGGGGUAGUGGGGCUGUGGGCGAGUAUUAUGGGCGGCCUGAUGGCCGGCUCACGUCUGGCUCACCGCCUGGCCUGCGACGGUCUGGCUCCGCGGUGCCUGGGUCGAGUGUCACGUCGCACGGAGACUCCCUGGGUCGCGGCACUCUUUUGCGGCACCGCUGCCGCAGUCGUAGCCGCAGUAUGCUCGUCGUGGGUGCUGCUGCGGGCGGCAGGGGCGGGAGGUGUGAGUGCUGGGGUGGCGGGGGCGGCUGCUGUGUUGGCCCGCCGGUACCGCCCGCAAGGCGCCCGUUAUCCGCUAGAGGCAACGGCGGGAUGCGACACGCCGCCAAUCCUCUCCCGUAGCGCAAGUAGUCUGGCUGACCUGACGGAGCUGGCACCCGCCGCCCACACCGCCCACACCGACUACCUGGCCGCUUUCGACGAUACAGAACCCCGCCAGGUGACGGUAGAGUGGGCGGCGGGCACCUGGGUCUCCGCCAUCUUCGAGCCGCCCAUGCCGCCCACGUGGGUGUCAUGGCGGACCGCUAGGUUCCUCAUGGCCACCUUCGUUGUCAACUGCGUGGCAGGGGUGGGCGUGGUCCGUGGGGCCAAGGAGCUAGACAUAGGCCUGUGGGCGUGGGCGGGGGUAGCACUGUGCGUGUGUGGAUGUGUGGUGUGCGGGGUGGGACUGUGGCUACAGCCGCGCCACCCACCGCCGCCCGCCGCCACCCAGCAGGAUGCCGCCCCUCUCUUGCCACUGCUGGCCAUCCUGACCAACAUAGUGCUGCUGCUACACCUGCCUCUUACCGCCCUCAGCGUCGCAUGUGGCGUGUGGGCGGCCGCAGCUGCGGUAUGGCUGGUGCACGGCCGUACAGCGAGCACGGAGGCCGUGCUCAACCGUGCUCUGCUAACUCACAGUGGCCACCAGUCCCCCGCUGACAUGCUGUAGUGACCUUAUCUGACCUCUGUUUUACCUCUCCUCACCUACUCUUGCUUGGUGACCUGUGUGAUAGCCUCUCUUGACCUCUAUAAUUAUCUCUUCUGACCUCCUCUUGCCCCCUAACCUGUGAUAACCUCUCUUGAUCCCUAUAAUCACCUCUCCUGACCUGUGAUAACCUCUACUGACCUCUAGAAUUACCUCUCCUGACCUUCUCUUGUCUCCUGGGUAAUAACCUCUGUUGAUCUCUAUAAUUACCUCUCCUGACCUAUGUGAUAACCUCUGCUGACCUCUGUAUUACCUCUCCUGACCUCGUGACCUCUGUAAUUAUAUUUCCUGAACUCUUGACGUCUGAAAUUACAUCUGUUGACCUCUGAUAUGACCUCUCAUGAUCCCCAGAGCUAGCAACAGCCUGUGAGCUGCUGAGUCCACGCCCUGAUGACCUAUGACCUCUCGGAGGUCAUCCCCGGGCACUAAGCUUCCAUUAAGGACAUAUCGCCUUAACAUAUCCUAGUGUACAUAAGCCUGAUAGACUUUUUGAUAACCAGAGUCGCUAGUUUACCACCCUAUAGGAUUAUUUUGUGAUUAUAUGUAAUUGGUGAUUAGUGGUAGGUGUGUGUGUGUGUGUGUGUGUGUGUGUGUGUGUGUGUGUGUGUUUUACCUUCCCGCAGCUACAGAUGCAGAGCUGUGCUCGUCGUGCUCAGUUUAUUAAAUAUUUCAUCAUUUAUUUUUUGUUAUAUUUCCUAUGGUUUUUAGCAGUGCUUCUUCUUUUAAAUCAUUGUAUCUCUUCUCUCUCCCUUCAACUCCACUAUUUUUCCUUCAGUUAACCUCAGUGGCUUCUUGUUGUCACUCUUGUUGGUGCUGAGACGUUUCCUUCAACACUCAAGAGUCUCUCAUUCACUGUUAUAGUUUGUCUUCUAUUCCUCCUAUAUUAGUUUCCAAACUGGCUUUUGAUGGGGAAUUCUAUCACAAUUUUUUUUAAAGUCUGGAAAAAUUACAAUCUAGGCAUCCAUUUCCUUCUUGAACAAUUUUUCCUAACGUCUAAAAAAUUACAAUCUAGCCAUCCACUUCUUUCUUGAAUAAUUUUCGUGUCAGUCGCAAUAAUUUAAUAAAUUUGAAGUAUUUAUCCACUUAUCUCUAAUAGCUUUUUCCAAUAUUUUUACAACACUUGCCAGUGACACCGACCUAUGAUUUAUAGGCCAGUCAAUUUUUUUUUCAAAUAACUGUGUGUCGCCUACAUCUGUCAAUUUACAGUCUUGCUGAUAAAUGAGACACCUAUUAUAAUCGUUUUAACUUCUGUCCAAAUCCUCCCACUCAUGUAUUUAUCUACUUAGUAGGAUCACUGAAGCUAUAAGCUUGAGUAGCUUCAAAUAUAGGUUAGAUAAAUACAUGAGUGAGAGGGGUUGGAGUUGAGUGUGACUUACACACGAGUUAAUAAGGUUGCACAUGAGUAAAUAAGCCUGCUGGCUGAGGAACUGAUUACCUAAAAGUCCUCCUCAUCUUUCACCUUUCUAUGUAUUGGACUGAAGAGGCCACUGGAUGGCGAAACGUUUUCAGAAUAGAGGUACUCAAAUGUUGCACAAGUGCCUCCUUUAUCAACCUGUCGGUUU